GGAACUUCUGAGCUCUGGCUGUUGUUUCAGCGCGGGUGUGUUUUGACGCGGCACAGAUAUGGGUACACAUGUAUGCAGAAAACAGAUGGUGCAGUGGAUGUGGAGAUGGCGUGUUUGUCCUGUGGCUGUGAGCAGAGGUCAAAUGCCGUUUUGCACCACACAACAAGAGCCCCAUCAAGUGAAUCCAUCUCGCACCAGUCAGGUCACCCACAGACCUGUGACCCACCUCACCCUGUGCUCUUUGCUCGAGAUGGGCUUCUCAGAAACUCAAGCCGAGGAGAUGCAUGAAGGUGCAACGAAGAGCCGUGGGAAACAUAUUCCAUCUGUUCUGACAGCACUGUUUAUCCUGGGAUUAAAUCCCUCCAGUAUCCUGAAAAUAAUGCAGAAGUGUCCAGAGGUAUAUUCACUGAAAGGUGCAGACUUACAGCAACGCGUCAAUCAUCUGAGGAAGAUGGGAUUGGUAGAAGGUGAUGCAUCUUUUUUGGUAGUUUGGGGCAGUCUGCAGAGGAUGAUCAGUCACUACCCCAAGGUCAUGGUCCUGCCAAUCAAGAGGGUAAACAUGGUGUCCCGAUUGCUCAGAGAGAAAUGCCUCUUCACCGUCCAACAGGUCACAGACAUCCUCAGAGAAUCACCUGAGGUUUUGGAGGAGGAUUUGGCCCAGCUGGAGUAUAAAUUUCAGUAUGCAUAUUUCCGUAUGGGUGUGCGGCAGGCAGAGAUGGUAAAGGCGAAGCUGUUCAGGUUGUCUCUGUCUGAGCUGCGGUGUCGUCACUGUUUUCUGGAGCGGAGGGGACUGUACCAGACGCCAGACAAGAAGGGCCAAACACUCGUCGCCAACCCCCCGCUCAAAGACGUCCUCUGCGUCUCUGAGGAAACCUACCUGACGCAAGUCGCCAUGGCAACUGUAGAGGAGUUCCAUGUUUUUCACAAACUGAUGGCAAGAGAACAGGAGGAAGAAGGGAGGGAGGAUGAGUACAGCAGUGAUGAGGAUGAGGAGUUAGGGGAGGAUAAAUAUAAUGAUGAUGAUGACGGACAGCACAGGAGGAAGCAUCUCUGGAACACUGGUUACAAGAAGGGCAGGAAAUGAGGGAUUUUGUAUUAAUAAUUCAAAAUGAAUAAAAACUUUUUCAUUCAGCAAAA